AUAAUAAGUAAUAGACUCCAGCGGUCAUCCAUCACCACCUCACCUCCUCAGUGUCUGUCGCCUCACAUCAGUAUAUCCAUCUAUCUAUAUACUGCCUCACGAACAAAGCUGUCAAGACUUUGCGAUUCGCGACACGCUGCACUACCUGACAGAAAGAAGGCAGAGUUUCCUUCUUUCUUUACAGACGCAUCCCACCCACCACCACUACAUAUAAUCAGAGACCGAAGACCGCACAGGAAACGAACGAACCAUGGGUGGCGGCGACGACAACAAGGGCGCGUUUCGCCUGGCGGUGCUCGAGUGCGACACCCCCGUCCCCGCCGUCGAGCAGGCGCGCGGGUCCUACGGCGAGGUGUUCCGCCAGCUACUCACCAAGGGACUCGCCGGAGUGCAUGACAACAAGUUCAAGGGCGCCGAGUUUGCACUCAGUAAAUGGGAUGUCGUCCGGUCACGCGAGUAUCCCAAGGCGGAGGACGUGGAUGGCAUUCUCUUGACGGGGAGCAAGCACACGGCGUUUGCCGACGACGCGUGGAUCGUCGCGCUCGUCGCAUACGUAAAGUCCUUCCUCGAGACUAGCAGCAAGCCCGUCGUCGGCAUCUGCUUCGGCCACCAGAUCAUCGGCCGCGCGCUGGGCGCCGCGGUCGGCAAGAGUCCCGGCGGGUGGGAGCUCUCGGUGGACAAGAUCGAAGCCACAGACGAGGGCCGUAAGAUCCUCGGUGUCUCGUCCUUGUCCCUCCACCAAAUGCACCGCGACGCGGUCCUCGAAGUCCCCCAGGGGCUCGUCAACCUCGGCCGCAGCCCGAGCUGCGCCAUCCAAGGCCUGUACAAGCCCGGCCACGUCAUCUCCUUCCAGGCGCACCCCGAGUUCGACGGCUUCAUCAUGGAUGAGAUCCUCAAGACGAGGCGCGACCAGGGCAUCUUCACCGACGACAUGUUUGCGGACGGGACGUCGAGGGCGCAGCGGCAGCACGACGGCGUGCUCAUGGCUACCAAGAUUUGGGAGUUUCUGCUGGCGACGAGAGCGUAGUGGGAGGGAGUGACUGGCGUGUUUGGUCCAGGGGUUUUUAACUCGCUCGGUGAUCGUGGUCGUGGAUGUGUUGCCGCAAUAGAAACUCCCUAGAUGUCGUCGAGGCGAGCAGAGAUCUCGCCGUAUAUAUAUGGGUGUAAAUG